GGUCAGUCAGCUUCGACAUUUCAUGGCCACACCACUUCAUUCUAGUGCGUUUUAAAGGUCUGUUUUGGUCUUCAUUUGGUUUUAGUUUGUUCGGUUUUUCAAGCCUCAGCUCAUCAUGCUGAAAACAGUGUACCAGCAGGCAAAGAAGCAUCCAGGACUUAUCCCUCAGUUUUUCUUUAUAAUUCUGGGUAUGGGUGGAGCGUCCCUCUACCUGGUCCGGCUGGCUCGGGGACCUCAUGUCAGCUGGGACAGGAAGAAUAACCCAGAGCCGUGGAACAAGCUCAGUCCCACCUAUCAGUACAAGUUGGUGGCCGUCACUACAGACUACGAAAAGCUGAAGAAGGAAGGGCCUGACUUUUAAAGGUCCUCUCGGUGACUCUGGGGGCACAUACAAAACACACACACACACACACACACACACACACACACACACACACACACACACACAUCUUCUGUGUUAUCAUUUACCAUCUCAAAUCCCCGUCUUCCUGAUUCUCUUCUUUAAGACGACUGCGACCGCAAGCCGCUCCAAUCCAUAUCUAGUCUUACGGAGAGCAGAAUGCUUUUGGAAUAUUAAAGUAAUAUUUCCACAACAGCACAAACAUGUUUAACAUGCCAGACAGACUUAGAGAAAGCAUGUAUAAAAUCGUAGCUGGAGGAUAUUUUUCAAAGAACAAAUAAAGACAAUUUUCUGCACUUAGAAGUUUGAAGCAGGUCAUAUAUAAUCCAAAAAGGAGAAGUGCAUAACAACGUUACUGUGCGCUAUGAUGAAGUGCUGUUUACCACCGUAAAGAACCGUGAAAAAAUGUCCUACCAACAACAACAAAAAGCACGCUUAAGGUAUGUAAGAAUAGCCGAUAAUAAUGAAUUUGACUAAAGAUAUCACAAAAAACUGUAGUACAAAGGUGAAGAGAAUUAAAAUAAAUUAUACAGUGUAGUCUGUACGUAAUUGGAUGGUGACAGUUUUUGUUACUUUAGCUUUUUGCAUCCAGCACAGUACUUCUCACUUCUCAAGAUGGACAGACACAUGGGUUUUUUUAAGAUCUGAAGCAAGAGUGGAGCUUGAUUUUCUCCUCUCUCUCAAAGAUGAGUGCUUUAAGCACUGUUUAUCUGAUGGGGACAGUUUUGGUGGUCCUCCAGGUCUUGCACGGUUGUUAUGAGUUCCACUUUCUCUGUAUUUUUAAAUCAUUUUUUGAGCUCUUGUUCUAGAAUCUCCUGUUUUUUUCAUUUAUUUGCCUUCGGCUUUUUCUUACAGUCUUACAGUGCCCUCCACAAAUACUGACACACCUGUUAAACAUGAGCAAAAUGUGCUGUGAAAAUAUUUUGAUCUUUCAUCAAAAUAUUAACAAAAAAAAUUCUAACCUUUAUUUGAAGUGCAUAGAUUUGAAAGAAAAUCCCAAAUCUUAUCAUGAAGUAAAUAUUUUCCUAAAAGUAUAAACAGAUGCCACCUACAUUGGUUAUGGUUAUGUAGGUAACUUACGGUUACUUGCAUAACCAUAAGUUGCUUAGGAGGGUUGCCAGAUCCCUCAAAACUCAAGCACCUACAGUUUGCCAAACUGUACUGGGACUUUUAAUAGGACUGUGUAAAAAAUACAGCUUUUUUUGUCAACAAAUACCGGAGUAGACACAAACAUAGCCAUGCAGAAAAGUACCUCAUCCCCAUUGUGAAUCAUGGUGGUGGACCUGGAAUGUUGUGGGGCUGUUUUUCUUCCAAAGUCCCAGGACAACUUGUUCGGAUACAUGGUAUCAUGGAUUCCAUCAAGUAACAGUAGAUAUUAAAUUAAAACCUGACUGACUCAGCCAAGAACCUUAAU